AUGAGAUCUCAUUUUAAAGAUAUUUUAAAUUAUGUUGAAGUUAUUCAUUGUUUGCUUUAUUUUGUACUCUGUAGUUUCUUUGACUUGAAGUCUUGUUGUUCUUGUCAUCUUGGACGUUAUAAGGACGUCAUGCCUUUCCAGCGCUACGUUGAACCAGGGCGUGUUGCCCUGGUGGCCGAAGGUGCCCUGAAGGGAAAAUUGGUGAGUGUUGUCGAUGUCAUCGAUCAAACACGAGCACUUGUCGACGGACCCGGAAGCGGUGUUCCCCGACAACAAAUUCGUCUAAAUCAACUCCAUCUUACAAAGUUCCGCCUCAAAUAUCCUUUUACAGCGCCUACACGUGUUGUAAGGAAAGCUUGGAUAGAUGCUAAACUUAAUGAAAAGUGGGCAGAAAGUCAAUGGGCCAAGAAUUUGGCAAACAAAGAAAAGCGCGCUCAGAUGACAGACUAUGACAGAUUUAAGUUAAGCUCCGCGCGAGUUAAAAGGAACCGUGCGAGAACAGCAGUGUUCAAAAGUUUGAAAGUGAAAGCGGCGCGAAGUGGCACAUUUGGCAAGAGGUUGAUUCCCAAAACUCCAGCCAAAAAGCAGCGUACGAAGAAGGCGUCAGCAGCCAAGAAACCAGCGAAGAAG